AUGCACCUCAGUCUCAGCGACCACCCCCACAUCCUCGACCGCAUCCUCUCGCACGCGGCGUGGAGCACCCUUCCCACGGUCCGCCAGACCACAAAGGAGGUCGCGGCGUACGCCAACGCCGUGCUCUACCGUCAUGUGGUCGUCAACGUCCGCGGCACUGCCCUCGAGCUGCUCGACCCGUUUCGCAUGCAGCGGGUGCCCGGCCUCCGCCUCGAACCUCGCCAUCCCGACUACAAGCUCACCCUCCAACGCUUGGCGGCGCACACGAGCACCUUUGACUUCGUCGCUAUUGGCGUUAUGACCCUCGAGAACCUGGGCAGCACCGAGGCCUGGGAUGACAUAAGGCCCAUUGCGGAGAAGAAGCGCAUUCGAAGCAGCCAGCCGAUUACCUACUUGCUCGACACGCCGCAGGAUGUUAUUCUCCACCACGCAGUCGAUUUCACUCCGCGCGGCCGACGUGAACUCGUGCGCACAGAGAUCAGGCGUCUCAUCAUCAGGAUCGACGUUUCAGAACUACACACGAGGCCAUUUCCGCAGGUCAACGGCUUGACCGCCGUUACCCCUAUGGGUGACUUUACAACUGGCGCCGGCUACCUGCUGCGCGCGGACGAGAUCAUCUUCCUCUUCACCCAAGGCGAUGGCAGGCCGAUACCUGGAUGGCACGAGUUCGUUGACGACCCCGACUCGCAGCCUCCCCGUCCGAUCGACAUGCUCCUCAGCCUGGGAUUCUCUCCGCUCGACCCGCACCCCGUUACAAUUGCCGGUCUGGAAUCGAUCGAUCCCAGGAUCCUGUACGUGGAGCCCUCGGCAGCCGACACCAAGGAGUCCCGCCUCAUGCGCCUCCACCAGGCCCUCAUUCCUUUCAUAGCGCGGGGUGUCACGGUGACUUCACAUUGCGAGAUUCAGUAUGACACAGGCGCACGGGUCAAUCUCUUCCUCGUCACACUGGACGACUUCCGCCACUCCGCCGGUCUGGACGACGAGUACGACUGGCGCGUGAUCAUGAGCAAGCCCGGCGUCAAGCUGCCCUUCCCGGCGACCUGGAACGUAACGAAGCAUCUUUGA